AUGCCUCAACUCUCAGUUCACAAUAUCAACCCUGCUUCUGACCAAGCACCGAGAAUCAUACUUACUCCUCCAUCACUUGAAUCGUCUUCUGCUGGACAGGAGACGCAGCUCGAAAGCCUGUUGCGUGAUGCAGCUCAGACCCCAGCCCCUACGAAGCCAAUUGACGGCACCACGACGACCACGUCCUUCUUUCGCAUUGAGAUCCCAUUAGAUCCUGACCCAAACGAAGACCCGGAAAUUAUCGCUGGACUCCAAAGGGUGGAAGAGCUCGCCGAGCGGGCAUUUGAGAAAGAGACAUUUGACGCUGUGUGUGAUCCAAAAGAUCUCCUCACGUUUCUCGAAAAGCUCAUUGUCUUCCGUGAUGACGGCGAAAUCAUCCAGUGGGAUGAUAUUGACGAAAGUGGAGGAUUCCAGUCUGGGUCUAACACCGAGGACUCUGAAGAUUCAGACAUUUCCGCAGCAUCUGAUGCUUCAUGGGCACGAAACUUUUGGGUGGAUUGA